AUGCCUAUAUUCCACGACCCGGAAAGAUCAAACGGCGCUCCGUCUCCAAGCAAAUCAACCGGCAGUGAAAGCGGCAAUAUUGAAAAUAUUUCCGGGUGUUCAGGUUCAGAAUGGAGAUACCAUCAGUUAGCUGAUAUUCAAAUGAGCGAGGCCUCGUCACCAGACCAGCAAAUCUAUGACCGCCACCAUUCCUCCCGGUUACAAGCUAAUGGCCUAGAAGUGCUCAUACAGAGUCUAAAGCAGCGGGAAUUUCCUGCUUGGGGGUCUCAUAAUAUAAACUUAGAGAGCAAGCCUGAGGAUUAUCGUGCUUACCAAAGUUCUCCCUCUCAACCAUGGACACUGGAACUGGAGAACAAUAGAGAAGAUUCACCCUCAAAACCCGCGCGGCAAGACAUAUUCGAUGAGAGGACUAGCUUGGCUCAACCUGGCGAAAUCGAACGUCCACGCUCCGCGCUACAUUCUGGAGAUUUUAGAGAAGGUGCUGCUCAAACAGAACCGCCGGAUUUUCCUAGAUAUGGGGGCUUAAACUCUACAACGCAGGACUCUCCAUCCUUUAAGCGCUUUGGUUCUUCACCCACUACGCCAUGGUUUAAUCCAGCUACUCCUUCAAGAUUCAUUUCCAGAGAUUCUGAGACAGUGACUGGGAAUUCCCAAAGUAUCUCAAGUGCCAGAUCUAGGGCACCUUCUCUUGGGUCAUUCUCCUCAAGCUAUGUUCUGAAGGCUCCCACUAGUCCAUUAGUGUAUCAAGCAAACAAUACCGAUUUAGACUUCUCACCAAAGCUUGAAUCCGUCGAUUUUACCACAAAUUCAAACAAGAACAGCCGUCGGCGUACAUUGCCACCAGAAACGUUUAUGCAACUUCGUAACUCGCCACCAAGCCAAUCACGAAACUUCAAUCUAAGCAGGUCGUUUGCGACAGUUCAAGGAGGGGAGGGCCUGCGACACCAGGCGUAUCAACCCCAUCGAUCACCGGCAUGUAGUCUUCAACCUGCAUCGUCACCGCAAACGCCUUUUCGGUUGCGGCGACCAUCUUUAUCGUCAGACUUGUCUCCUCGUAUUCAUGCUUCAAUGGUUGGCUCGUAUGAAGAGUCUAUCUUACGCGGAAGAAUGUCUACGACUCCGUCGAAGCCUUUGGACUUCACUGCAAAGAUUGGUGUUCUGGGCAAGGGCAAAUGUAAAGCUAAUUUGAGAUACCCACCUCACGUCACAGUACCCUUUCCAGCUGUCUUCUAUAGCUAUCCCACAUCAGGUGCUGGCCGCUCAAUCUCGGAUGACAGUCCUAGUCCAUACGUUGGAUUGAUUGAUCUUGAAAAUUCAUUGCCCCGAGGGGAUAGCUCGAGCGGGAGCAACCGGAAUCGCAACCCAAAGACGUCAGACUUGCCUGGAAAUAACCAUUCAAGCACUCUCAUACCAAGCUCUGACUUUAGCGAAUGCCACAAACACGAAAGGCGAUCUGGUCGUACCGAUGUCGUCAAGGCUCCUCCCGGGGGCGCCUAUCGCAUCCCUCAACGUGGUCAGCUGCAAAUUGUGAUCAAAAACCCGAACAAAACUGCCGUCAAGCUAUUCCUUGUUCCAUAUGAUCUCGACGGCAUGGAACCAGGCACCAAAACAUUCAUUCGGCAAAGAAGCUAUUCGGCGGGCCCGAUUAUUGACAUGCCUUUGACAGCACGGAAGAAUCUAGGCACUGAUCGUCCUGAAGCGUCUCUCAAUCCGACAAACGACCCUAAAGACAAACCCACCCUGAGAUAUCUCAUCCACUUGAAUAUAUGCUGCCCAGCUAAGGGUCGAUUUUAUCUCUAUUCUACGAUCCGUGUUGUCUUUGCCAAUCGAGUGCCUGACGGCAAGGAGAAGUUACGGAAUGAAAUCCAGUAUCCAGAGCCUCGAUACAGCCCCUACAAGCCUGUAAAAGACACAACAAACACAGCUGUUCAUUGCUCGGCAAGUGACAAGCAUUACAGGAGACGUAGUGCUGGGAUCGGGCUCAAUGGAAACCAGUUUUUGGAAGAUAAAGCUUUUCCUCAUUCAUCACCGCCUGUGUCCUCAAAAACGCAGGUGAACCCCGUAUCAUUCAAGCCGUCCAUUCCCAAACCCAAAGGAUCAUUACCAGCUGGAGAUUCUGUCGGCUCCAUAUUUUCGAGCAAUUUCUGGCAGACUGAAAAUUCUGCUUCAUCUCAGCAUCCAACCUCCGAAGACAUGUCAUUGGAUUCUUCGCCUUCCAGGCCAGCAGACUCCCAAUACUUGGGAGAAACAGAGAUGGACAAUGGCAAUGAUAGCGAACUUUAUAACAAGCUCCAGAAAGGAGACACCGGCUAUUGGACCGGCUACCCUUCCUCACCCGCAUUUUCCAGCCCUAGAGAGAGUUUGCUCGCACAGAAGCUUAAAGAGUGGAAUUGCAGCAGCGAACAGGCUGAUCAAUGA